UGUGACGUUGUCCGCGUUGACGAUUACCGACUGACGUACAGUAGUCAUCGACAUCGAUUUAUAUAAAAGAAAAAUUUGUUUCACUUUAUACAUAUUGUAAAAGUUUUGUGAUAGACUAUGGGUCUCACAAUUUCUAGUGUUUUUACGAGGCUUUUUGGCAAAAAACAAAUGCGUAUUCUAAUGGUUGGACUUGAUGCCGCUGGCAAAACUACCAUACUAUACAAGUUAAAACUUGGUGAAAUUGUGACCACCAUACCAACUAUCGGCUUCAAUGUAGAAACAGUAGAAUACAAAAACAUCAGUUUCACGGUUUGGGACGUCGGUGGCCAAGACAAGAUCAGGCCACUUUGGCGCCACUAUUACCAGAAUACGCAAGGAUUGAUAUUUGUUGUUGAUUCAAGUGAUACUAAGAGAAUAGCAGAAGCUGAAAACGAACUUGCAAAUAUGUUAAAGGAAGAUGAACUUAAUGAUGCAGUGAUUUUGGUGUUUGCGAAUAAGCAAGAUAUGCCCAAUGCUAUGACUGCUGCUGAACUAACUAAUGCUUUAAAUCUAAACAAUUUAAGAAACCGUCGUUGGUAUAUUCAGGCAACAUGUGCAACUCAAGGGCAGGGGCUCUAUGAAGGAUUAGACUGGCUCUCAAAUGAAUUGGCAAAGAAGUGAGAUGGGUAAUAACACGUCCCUGGAGCAUGAUGACAACCUUCCAUAUUGAGAAUGUUGUUCCAACUAAAAAACCUGAGAAUUUUUUUAAUAUAACUUAAAUUUUAUUUUUAUUUAAAUACUUAUUUAGUAAGUGAUCCAUAAAACAAAGUUAUCUUUGCAUUCAUUUUAUUUCCAAAGUCAUUGUUUUAUAUUAACAUAAAUCAAAGUUGAAUAAACAAAAAGUUAUCUCUGUUCGUAAACUGGUAUCUUUAGUGUUCUAGUUGGAAAAUAAUUAAAAAGAGUAUUAUUCUUUUUAAAAUUUAGUACAUUAAAAAUUUAAUCCCA